AUGUUCUCGACAUUUUCCACAAAUCUCCAGGAGAAAGCGGCGACCUCUGGCCCCCGCCCGAAGCGCAACCAGGUCGCUCGCGCGUGCGACUGGUGCCGCCUCAACCGGAUCAAAUGCGACGAUUCCCUGCCCUGCCAGAACUGCCGCAGCCGUGGGGGCCAAUGCAGCAAUACUAAGCGAAGGGUCAACGAACUGCAACAACAACUGGAAAAUGCCACCAAGGAGGCCCAAGCCCAAGCAUCAGCCAAAUAUGUGACUCCACCCCACUCUACCGACGCUGGAUGCCCGUCCAUGCAGGAGGAGUCCUUCGCGGCGUCGUCGCGAAAAGGGUGGGAGGGCGUCCAAAGCCCUGAUGCACAGACUGGCCAAGUUAUCUACUUCGGCCCGCUGUCCUCAUCUUAUUUCGGGACUCGCGUGAGUCGCUACUUGGCCGAGGCCUUGAAAUCAUCACAUCCUGAGUUCGAGUGGGCUAAAUGUGCUGGUCGACUCAGCUACCCACCCAGUCCGUGGUCACGACAAUCACAGUCUCAGCAAGACCAGCAAUCAUGUUGGAAUGUCAAUGCCGAUUUCCCAACCAACGCGGUGUCGGAACUGGAUGAAGAUGUUGAAGACCUAUCCCGUGCCCAAGAGGAAUACUUUCUUGACCUGCUCUGGCAAUCCUUCCAUUGCGUUUACCCCAUCAUCGCCGAGUCUGAGUUCCGCGAAUACUAUGACUCACUAUGGGACGCCGACGAUAGCAUACCACGUCGACCCUCUUCAUUAGUGGAUAGCUUGCUGGCGGUUUGUAUGCAAUACGGAAGCACUUUCCUCAUGAGCGAUGGAGACAGCCGGGGAGGUGACGAAGGGUAUCAUGCUGCUAAUGCUUCUAUGACUGGUCAUGCAUUCUACCGGCGGAGUCAGCACCUACUGCUGAAUGAGCUCGAAAGUCCAUCGGUGAUGACCAUGCAGAGCUAUCUCUAUUCCAUUAUCUAUCUGUCCAACACGGCCUUGCUGAACACAGCCCACACCCUUCUGGGGACUGCAUUGAGGGUAGCGCAGAUGCUGCGACUGCAUCUUCGACCCUUGGACGGAACGCCGCAGCGACAGCAGGAAUUGCAUCGCCGGAUCUGGUGGACACUGUACCAAGUGGACAGUCAGCUUUCUAUGGCUUUGGGUCGCCCUCCGCUCAUUCAAAGAGGCGAGAUCGAGGUUAAUAUCACUAAAGAUGGACCGGAGUAUGCCUUCAUGUCGGGGUCAAUGUUGCUGUGUCCCAGCAACGAGGACAUCAGCUGGCUGAGUUUCCAUGCGCAAUGCGUUCGUCUGGUCUCCACCGUACGAUGUGCCCAGAACACUUUCCAAGCGCGAUGCGCUCAGUUGGUCGAGGCAAAAGAUUCACAGGAUAUAUACGGCGACCCAUACAUGAUUGAGGAGCUGGCUGGCUUCCUGGGCCGCGAGGUGCGCGCAGUAUAUGACUGGGUGCGCAAUGUCCCUCGGUCUCUUCAAAACACUCGUAAGGGCUCUGGAGAGCCCUUCUCCACCGAGCGAACUCCACUCAACCUGGAUAAUCUCAGUCCGAUUUGGCUCCAGCGGCAGCGACUUCUGCUUGAGCUGCUCUACCAUCACCUUCAAUUGUCGAACUUCCGCCCAUUCCUACGCUUUCCGCCCGGCGGCUCAUCCAUUACCCCACUGGCCGACUGCCACAGCAUCACCUGUUUGAACCACGCAAUAUCUCUAACGAAUAUCUUGCAUCAAGUUCUCUCAGAAACAGACCUUCUUCGCGGCUGGUCCCCGAUCUUCCAGUAUCAGUGGGACGCGGCUCGUUGUAUUAUGGGGUUUGUUCUCUCGAACCCUGUCUGUCCGCCGAGCCCAACGGCUCGCAAAUUCAUGCAUACGGCCAUUGGAAACUUCGACGUGAUGGGCCAUUACUCUGCCGCUGCCGCCGAGGCAGCCCUGAUCGUGCGCGAGACGGGUGCUUAUGCUGAGAUGCUUGUCGAUCGGUUUCACAAUAGCCUGUCGCUGCGGCGGCCUACGCCAAGGAAUUCGGCCACUCCGUCCAAUUCUUCCUUGUUUGGUUCGUCUACCACAACUCAGGUGCAGAAUCUUGCGGCGCCGGCAUUGACCCCGGAAUAUCUGCAAGAUUUGACUGCUGCGUCCAUCAGGGCUAUUCCCCAGUUGACUGUUGAUGCGCCGCCAUUCCUGAAGGAGAAUGCGGAUAUCUCACUUGACCAGGCACAGCCAGGUGCUGCCGUGACCAUGGCAAUGGAUGACUCGCUGGUGCUGUCGGAGGAUAUGCUCUCGGGCAUCGGGGAGGACUGGAUGCCGAACGAGGGGGGGGCCCUUUUGAACAUUGGAAUCACUUUCCUGGGUAGUAUUUAA